AUGCACCACUUCAGUAAUAUUAAAGACGUUGUUGCUAUUGAUUUCAUUAAGGCAUAUGCCGAACAUCUUAAGAAGUCUGGAAAGCUCGAAAUUCCAGAAUGGGUUGACACUGUCAAGACUGGUAUGUGCAAAGAACUUGCACCAUUGAAUCCAGAUUGGAUUUAUAUUAGAGCUGCUGCAAUUGCAAGAAAAGUUUAUUUAAACAAUGGAAUUGGAGUAAUGGCACUUAGAAGAGCUUAUGGUGACCAAUACAACAAACACUAUAAUCCAUCCCAUAGAACUCUUGGAUCAGGAAAAGUUAAUAGAUAUAUUCUUCAACAACUCGAGAAGAUGGGCAUAGUUGCUAAGAUCCAAAGUGGAAGAGCCCUUACUAAAGAAGGAAGAAAGGAUAUGGAUAAAAUUGCCUUCCAAGUUUACAAGGAACGUGAAGCCAAAGUUACUCCAAUGAUUCUUAUGCCAAUGAACUAA